AAUGCACUGAGGCAGAAGGCAGAAAGGAGUGGCUUAGGUGCCCAACAACUUUGUGGCUGGAUAAGUAAUGUUUAACUUCCCUUUGUCUUUUAUAAACUGAGUGAGCAAGCAGGUCAGUUGAACACUGUCAUGUUGUUUUGGUGGCAAUGUGAAGAGAAAAGUAAAAUGCAUUCUUUGCUUCUCUGGAGAACAAAGAUCUGCAGCUGAUCUGGACUUCACCUUAAAAUGGCCAGGCAAUCUCCAGUUCAAAAUUCCAUGGCCAUAAUAAAGGAAACAAAUUAUAUUACCAGAAGCCAACUUGAAUCCUUAUUGAAAACAUAUAACUGUUACUUCAAAGAUCAAAAGAAUCUGCACAUAACUUAUCACCAAGAUGAACAUGGAAAAAUCAUUAUUUCUGGACUCAUUGAGAUAUUUUGGGGAGUGCAGCGACCAAUCAGAUUCCAGAUGCAAGAUGAAAAAUUUGCCUUUUCAGAAUAUAUUCAGCUGCCAGAAGUUAUUGGUUCAAGUAUAACUAAAAGUGGAAUGAUGCGCUGGGGAGAAUUUGAUGACCUUUACCACAUUAGUGAAUUAGAAGAGACUCCAAUGAGUUCAGAUGAGGAUACAGAAAGCAAUAAUGGCUUAACUUAUAGUUAUGACAGCAGUACACUCAGGCCUAAACUCAAAGAAGAUCCUCCAGAUUCCCCUUCAUUGUACAGAACAAUGAGUGACGCUGCACUGGUUAAGAAGAGGGUCAAACCAAUCACUCCUAACAGAGGAAACCUCCACCAACACCGGUUUUCCAUAAACGGACAUUUUUAUAACUACAAGACAUCGAUUUUCACUCCAGCUUUUGGAUCUCAAACAAAAGUCAUGAUAGACAGCAAUAUGAAAACUGAAGAAGUAAUCAAAGAGUUGCUGCAUAAGUUUAAGGUUGAAACAAGUCCCAGUGAGUUUGCACUAUAUAUUAUUCAUGCUACAGGUGAAAAGAAGAAACUUAAAAAUUCAGAUUGUCCAUUGUGGGAGAGACUUCUACAAGGUCCUGUAGGAAAAAUAGCAAGAAUGUUCCUCAUGGACAAAGAAGCCGAAGAAAUUAACAGUGAUGUGCGUAUGUUAUUAUGGUUCUGGUAUAAUAAUAUACCAGUGACUGCUCAAAUCAUUUUUGACAAAAUUAAACGAGGAAGAGGAACGGGAGAUUCAAAGAACAAUGGACAAGUUCUUAAAAGAAAGGGGAAUUUUACUUCAGUACCUUAAAAGCAAGCAUGUUAAAUUGACAGAAACUACGGUCUAAUCAUUUAUUCGAUGUAUGAAGAAGGCUCAGUGGCUCAAUGAAACUGAAAAUACUUUUGGAGAUCUUCUAAAUGUAUUGAAAUUAAACAAGCUGGAUUGCAAAUAACAUUUGCAAUGAACUUCUGAUUGAUCAACAUGGAACGUUUUGAAAACUAUCAGGACAAUAAGGAAUUUCAUGUAAAUAUAUGGGAAAUCCUUGCACUGAAUAGUACAGUACUGAACUGAAACAAGUGGCAAAUAAUUAAAAUAAAAAAUCUACUCUUCUAUUCAAGAUUUUGUAACACAUUCCUAUUUAAUGCAAACAAUAGGGUCAAGGAGACUCUUGUUUCUACUGUGAGGAAGUUACAGGAUAUUGGAUAUAUUCUAAUUGUGACACAUUUCAGUUCUUCUAUUUAAGAAAUAUUGAUAAAUGCAUAAACUGGCAUAAUACAUGUAAAAGACUGGUGGUAGCAGCUGGAGAAGAGUUGUUGCUAAGAGUUCUGCACGCUCACUGUUCUGCUAAUACUUUGCUUUACAUAACGGUUACGUAAAAUAUUGCUUUGUUUCACAUUCAGAACGUUCAGAUGUAUUUAUUAAACUGUGAAGUUAAACCUGCAACAAUAAUAAAAAACUAUAUGUUCAGAAAAAACUAAAAACUUUUAUUUCACUGAGAUGGUAAAGCAUCCUCUAGCUCUAGUAGGUCUCCUCUAGCUUUAGAUCAAGCAGGCCAGUUGGGGCAUGUAAAGAUACAGGGCUGCCACAUGGGUUUUUUUUUUUAAUUUAUGUAUUUGAAAUAUUGUAGCAGGAUGUAGCGAUUGAAAACACAAAUUUUAAAUUAAUCUAUAUACUUUCUAUUUUUUACAUUAAAAUAAUUUACCCUU